GUGUCCUCUCGUAUCCCGGCGUGCCCCGCGGCCCGGAAGCGGCGGGCCGCCAUGGAGGAGGACGAGCCGGAGCUGGCGGCCGGGUUGGAGGCGGCUCUGGAGCUGGCGCCCGCCGUGCAGGCCGCCAUCGAGCAGGUAUUUCCCAGCCAAGAUCCACUGGACAGAGCAGAUUUCAAUGCUGUGGAAUAUAUUAAUACUCUCUUUCCCACUGAGCAAUCUUUGGCGAACAUCGAUGAGGUUGUGAACAAAAUCAGAUUGAAAAUAAGGAGGUUGGAUGACAACAUUCGAACUGUAGUGAGAGGACAGACCAACGUGGGACAGGAUGGCAGGCAGGCCCUGGAAGAAGCCCAGAAAGCUAUUCAACAGCUCUUUGGUAAAAUUAAGGAUAUUAAAGACAAGGCUGAAAAAUCAGAACAAAUGGUUAAAGAAAUCACACGGGAUAUCAAGCAGCUAGAUCAUGCCAAGCGUCAUCUGACCACCUCCAUCACCACCCUCAACCACCUACACAUGCUGGCAGGGGGUGUGGAUUCACUGGAGGCUAUGACCAGGAGGAGACAAUAUGGGGAAGUUGCCAACCUUCUCCAAGGUGUCGUGAAUGUGUUAGAGCACUUCAACAAAUACAUGGGGAUUCCUCAGAUUCGACAGCUUUCCGAAAGGGUGAAGGCAGCACAGAAUGAGUUGGGACAGCAGAUCCUGGCUGACUUCGAGGAAGCUUUUCCUUCUCAAGGUACAAAGAGGCCUGGUGGACCCAGCAAUGUCCUACGUGAUGCGUGUCUAGUCGCCAAUGUCCUGGAUCCCAGAAUCAAACAGGAAAUCAUCAAGAAAUUUAUUAAACAACACCUCUCAGAGUAUCUGGUCCUUUUCCAGGAAAACCAAGAUGUGGCCUGGCUGGAUAAGAUUGACAGGCGCUAUGCUUGGAUAAAGCGUCAACUGGUGGACUACGAGGAGAAAUACGGGCGCAUGUUUCCCCAGGAGUGGUGUAUGACGGAGCGCAUCGCUGUGGAGUUCUGCCACGUCACAAGAACAGAGCUUGCUAAGAUAAUGCGCACAAGAGCAAAGGAGAUUGAGGUGAAAUUGCUUUUGUUUGCAAUUCAGAGGACAACCAACUUUGAAGGACUUCUGGCUAAACGCUUCUCAGGUUGCACUCUAGCUGAUGGGACAGUGAAGAAGCCAGAAGUGCCACUUCCCUCCACCAACCCGUUCCUGGAGGAUGAAACUGGGACAGAGACAGAUGAGAUUGUGAUCGAGAAAAGUGAUACGGACAAACCAAAGAAGCCGAAGGUCCCUGACAAUCCUUUUCAUGGCAUUGUUUCCAAGUGCUUUGAGCCUCACCUUUAUGUGUAUAUCGAGUCCCAGGACAAAAAUCUUGGCGAACUGAUUGACAGGUUUGUGGCUGACUUCAAGGCUCAAGGUCCCCCCAAACCCAAUGUGGACGAAGGAGGAGCCGUCCUGCCCAGCUGUGCUGACCUCUUUGUGUACUACAAGAAGUGCAUGGUGCAGUGCUCCCAGCUCAGCACAGGCGAGCCGAUGAUAGCCCUGACCACCAUAUUCCAGAAGUACCUUCGGGAAUACGCCUGGAAAAUUCUGUCUGGAAACCUGCCCAAGACAACUAGCAGCAGCGGUGGGCUCACCAUCACUAGUUUGCUGAAAGAAAAGGAAGGCUCUGAAGUGGCAAAGUUUACUUUAGAAGAACUCUGCCUCAUUUGCAGCAUCCUAAGUACUGCAGAGUACUGCUUGGCGACCACCCAGCAGUUGGAAGAGAAACUCAAAGAAAAAGUGGAUGCAAGUCUAGUGGAGAGAAUCAACCUGACGGGAGAGAUGGACACUUUCAGCAUUGUAAUCUCCAACAGCAUACAGCUGUUAGUGCAGGACCUGGAUGCAGCCUGUGACCCUGCCCUGACUGCUAUGAGCAAGAUGCAGUGGCAGAACGUGGAACACGUUGGUGACCAGAGUCCUUAUGUCACCUCAGUGAUUCUCCACAUCAAACAGAACGUCCCCAUCAUCCGCGACAAUCUGGCCUCCACGAGAAAGUAUUUCACUCAGUUCUGUAUAAAAUUUGCAAACUCCUUCAUUCCCAAGUUCAUUAACCAUCUCUUCAAGUGCAAACCUAUUAGCAUGGUGGGCGCAGAACAGCUGCUGCUGGACACUCACUCUCUGAAGAUGGUUCUCCUGGAUCUGCCCUCCAUUGGGUCCCAAGUGGUGAGGAAGGCUCCUGCCAGCUACACAAAGAUAGUGGUGAAAGGCAUGACUCGGGCUGAAAUGAUCCUGAAGGUGGUUAUGGCUCCUCACGAGCCCCCGGUUGUUUUUGUCGACAAUUACAUCAAGCUCCUUGCUGACUGCAGCACUGACACUUUCCAGAAGAUACUAGACAUGAAGGGCCUGAAGAGGAGUGAACAAAGCAGCAUGCUGGACCUCUUCCGCCAGCGCCUCCCGGCUCCCCCCUCCGGAGUGGAGAACACCGGCUCCCUCUCGCUGAGCGCUCCUACGCCCGAGCAGGAAUCCUCUCGGAUACGGAAACUGGAGAAACUCAUCAAAAAAAGACUCUAAGUGAGCAGAAGUAAACUCUGUUGCUCAGGACUAGCUGCAGUGACUGGGAGCAAAGCUCGUCAGACUUAUGAUUUACAGUAUGCUGCUGAAAAAUCUGUGUUCCAUCACUCCCAUGCCCUGUAAUCUCUUAACCAUCAUAUACCAUGAUACCGCAUCUCCGUUCAGACCAAGGGAGAGUUUGACCAAGGUGUUUGUCCUUAGACAGCUUAGCAGGAGUGAAACCCAGGACGUUGCUGGGUCCAUGUGGUGGAGAAAAUAGAGGUACCUGGAAGUCAGCAGCUACAAAAACAGUUUAAGUGGAUUCAGAGAAUAUCUAGCUGUGAUGCGCUUGGUGUCCCAGCCUUCAGCCUGGCUGAGCUCCUGCUGCAGCACUGAGGAUUUUGCCUGAGUUCUGUGUUACUGCUCACUCCCUGUUGCGCAGCUGUUCCUGUUUCAUUAUUUAUUUGGGGGGUGAGGCGGGGACACCAACCCCAAACCAUCACCACCACCACCACCAAAAAAACCCCAACCCUUUAACAGCUGGAAUCCAGGCAUCUGCAGCUCCACUGAAUUAAUGAGAUGCCCAGGAGAGAACCCCAAAGCAGAUUUCUCCCCUGCUCCCACAACAGGCGUGCAGAAACCACCAGUAAAACAGCAAGGCAACUCCUUUUCAGAACAGGAGGAAAGGGCUGAGCAAAUGCCUUCUGCACCUUGGCAAACCUCCUGCCAACAAGCUGGCAGCCUCUGUCGCUGUUACAGCCUAAAGGCCAAACCCUAGACAUCUGCGGAGCCCAUCUCCAGCCGCUUGUUAUUUCUCUUGUGUGUGCUGGACUUGCCGGCUGUCCCCGAUGGGAGUUCCCGUACCGCAUCUCAUCCUCUCUCCACAAAGGGCCGUUCAUGGAGCAAGUGUCAAACAGCACCAGCCCCUCGUUCUUACGCCAGCCGGCGUGUCCCAAGCAGGGGUGUGCCCCUUUGGCACCUUCGCUGCCCUGUGAGGAGAGAUGCUGGAAACAUUGGCUUUAACAGGGAGCCUGGGCCUCUUCCCAGGACGGGAUGCUUACAGCAGCCUCAGACUUCGAGGGCCUUCCUCUCCUCCUCCUCCUCUGAGCUUCAGUUUGCACCAGUGCAGAGAGGAGGAGAACCAGAGGUGAAAUAUUUUGGAUAACCCCUUCCCAGGAGGCCGGCUCCUGCUGGCACCCAGCCACAAAGCCAGCGUGGAGCAGGGUUGGGGUCGGUGGACGUCUGCGCCCUGCCCGUUGUGUGAGCUUCCCCGAGGAGUCUCCGUGCAGGGAGACAUCGCCUUGUCAUUAGCAGUGCUGGAUUUCUUCCACUCCUCUACCCUUUUUGGGGACUUUGAAGGCAUGUGCCCAACUGUGAACAACUGAAUCCCUUAUGGGUUUAGGGGCAGAUCGACCAGUCGUGCCUGCUUUAUUUUAACUCAAGCUUCACUUGCAUGUGCAGGAAAAAGAAGUCCUGUACCAGUUUGGCAGGUGAGGAGCAAUCAUGGUGUCAGAUGCCUUCUUGGGAGGGUCAUGCUCCUCACCAGGUCAAGUUUGGGCUGUAGGACUAUAUUUAUUAGGGGCUGUGCUCGCUAGGGAUUGUAGUACUUGUCACUGCGCAUCUGGGAGGAGGGAUCAGACAUGCUCCAGGAAAAUGAGCUCUGUCCCAGAGCUUCACUGGGACUGGGGAGGGAGGAGGUGAAAUGAGAAAUCCCUGAGUGAGGCAGAACCUGGGCUCACACUGUUUGCCUGUUUGUGCUUCAGCACUGUCCCCUCUUGGGUGCAGGCUGCUCCCCUUCCCUCUCCUCAGCCCCGUGGCUGUGGGAGGGCAAAUUUGGUGCCUGGUUGGUAAAAUCCUGUUCUCCCUUUGCACAGCUGGCAGGUGAGCCUGUGCUUGAACACGCAGGAGUUAAUCACGGGAUUCGAGCAGAAAGAAUAAAUCCGUAGAGAUGAAAUCCUCACUGGUUGGGUUUUCUAACGCUGCUCAGACCGACCUGCUGCUGCAGCGAGGUGUGCACUAACAGAUACGCUAACACCAGCUCUUUAGGAUGUAUUUUCAGGGCUCCCCAGGCUUGGGCCCUGGCUGUGGUGUGCGGGUGCUGAGCUGCAGAGAGCGGUAGUGGUGAUGUCUGUUGCAGAGCAGCAGUAACAACAGUUGUGGGGAGGGACGGCAGUUUCUCGUCACUCCGGUUUUACAAAUCUUCCCAGAGUCCGCUGUUGCUUCAUUUAUUUCCUCUCCUGAUUUCACAUCGGGUGACAAAAGAAGGAACGGUGGUUGAAAGCACGUCAGGAUUACAAACGGCCAUUCCCCAAGGACAGAUUAUCUCAAGGUGCAUGUGCAGGAUGGUUCACACGUUAUCAAAUGCAGUAGCCAGGGAGGAGGGAACACGGGUUUGCAGAGAUUCGUUAUUCCCGUAGAGGGAUGAAUAAUUUAUUUUAGAUUAAUUUUUCUUUGUUCUGUCUAUGGAUGGUUCUCUAACUAAAUUAUGAAUAGCCGAAGACGAUGUUCAAGUUACCAUCGUGUGUCUUUCCCUGAAGGCUUCCCCCGUUUCAUUCUCUGCAUUUCAUUCUGGAGAUAAGAGGAAAUAAGAGGAAAAAUGAAUUUUUAGUUUCAGCCUUUGAAGAAUGCUACAGGUCUGGGUGUUUGGAGUUCCACUUUUAGAAAGCAAGUCCGCAUUUUUCUACUUUUGGUAUGAGGGUUUUGUCCCCCUGGCUCUUGGGUAUUUAUCAGAUUUGGCACAUCUGUAUGUGUAUGUUAGCUGUUUGGGGUUUACAUCGGGGAAUAAAGGAUGGGUUUUUUUCUGUAUAAAAUGCCACUUUUUAUGGGUUUUGGCCGAGGUGUAAUUCUGGCUGUGUGUCGGAAUGUGACACUAAAAUGAAUUAAACGGUUACUGAUGUUCA